GUUGCACCAUUAAGGUGAAAACUGGAAAGACAAUGUUUUAAGACGUUUCUUUAUCAUUAUUCAUCCAGAUCGGCGAACCUUGUGUGUGGAAAGAACAUUUCAGCAUGGGUUUCACUUCUCUUCAGCGUAUGUGCUUGAAUAGAAUAGCUAAAGACAUCACGAUUUGGUGCUCUGAAGAUGUCCAUCAGGACGACAAGAUCGAGUACUUGUAUGUCUUGGGACCCUUUGACAACUUAGGUUCUAAACAGAUUCAGGAGCUUCUUGACAUCCUGGUUAAGAACAAACAACUGAAAGCUUCCUAUCUACGCACAUUACUGCACUGUGGAUUGACGUCAUUAGAUCUUAGUGCUUGCAGCUUUCUUAUUUCUAAUUCAAUAAUUAAGAUUAUAACCAGGAGAUGUAAGAAAAUAGUUCACCUUAUGCUGCAAAACUGUGCCCGCAUCAACUCCAAAACCCUGCAAGAGUUGACUCUUGGUCUUCCAAAUUUGCGCUCUCUUGAUUUAAGUGGCUGUUCUCAAUGUAACGRUCAUGUCCUGGCCAGCCUUGGUAAAAACUGCAAAAACCUUCAUGUACUAAAACUAGAUUCCUGCAAAAAAGUGACAGAUUUGGGGAUAAAAGAAUUAUGUGGCGAGAGUUCUACAGCAACAAAUUGCUUCAAAAUAGUUGAGAUAAGCCUUUCAGCAACCAGUGUUUCCAGUGAAGGAGUUUUUAACCUCUUGGUUACCCAGCCUUAUCUCCAGAGCCUUUCGUUAUCUUACUGUCAUCCAUUAUCAAGCCAGAAAAUGUAUUUCAAUGAGAGCUACUUGUCAUUAGGAGCAACUAAGCUAAAGUUUGUAGAUCUCUCUAAUACAUCCAUUGAUGACUCAGUUGUGAAAAACUUAAGUAAGAUUUGUCCUAGUCUUUCCAAUCUUAUUUUAACAGAAUGUCCUAACCUUACAGGUUUGUGCCUUGAAUAUUUAAAAUCUCUGUGUGAUUUGAAGCAUCUACACCUAGAUGGGUCAGGUUUUGAUUUUGACAAAGAGCUUAAACCAUUUCUUGUAGAACAUGGGUAUCACCUUGAAACAUUACAUUUACCAACGUCCUGCAAUAUUGAAACUGAGAUAGUAGGACAAUACUGCAGUAAUCUAACAAACCUCUUACUCACAGACUCAAGUAAUCUUUCAGGGUCAUUCAUUAAGAAAGAUGACAAAAUUCUUACAUUAUUGGAGGCUUGUCCUCACUUAAAAUGCCUUAAUCUUCAGCACUGCACAUUCUCAGGAUCAAAACCCUUAACAGAACAUUUAUCUUCAAUUUUCUGUACUUCUUUAUGUGAUUUAGAAAACUUGAAUCUUUCUGGCAUUGAGGAUUUAAAAUAUGAAAAUAUCUUCAAGUUUAUUGAAUCACCAGCCUUUUCCAGACUAAGAGAAAGUGAUAUUUCUCGAUGUCCACUAGUAACUAAGGAACUGGUUUUCCUCUUCCUGAAUUCCUGUAGAUAUCUAGAAACCUUGAAUGUUAGUGAUUGCUGGAAGGUAAAUCGCAUGGAUAUUGAAGCUGCAAAUCAGAUGCUUAAAAAAUCAGGUUGCCAAAUAGAGUUGAUUUGGACAUAAUUGUAAAACAGUUAUGAACUUCAACUGAAUUCUAAUGUUUUUAAUUUUUUAAUGAAUUA